AUGUCCUGGCAACAGCAGUUGGAGGCUUCUUCGCUGCCCUCGACGUCGUCCGACUCGCAGCUCAACCUGACUAUGACAGCGGCCGAGCUCACCCUCCAAGGAGGCUUCAAGUCCGCGACACAGGCACAGAUGUCAUCUCUCUCAGCCUUGCCCGUUGCCAGGCCGGACAUCCUUGGCCCAGACACAGUCCAAGAUGCCGACCCCGGCGAUGCUGAUGAUAGCGAGAGCGACGAUGAUGGCAUCGACAAGUACCGCCUGCCCGUCAACAGCCAAGUCGAUCGCCUGCCGACUGCCACCAGACGCCGCGGUGACGCUGCCUUUCAGACGUGGAUACAGGAGAGCCAGCGCUCCAACACCCGAGUCGCCGCCGACGCUUCAACCCGAGCCGUGGAUCGCCUGUCAACAGCCCGCCUGAUCCAGAGCAACGAGGACAGGAAGAUCAUUGUCUCUCCUCGCGAGUAUCAGAUCGACCUCUUUGAGAGAGCCAAGGAAAAGAAUAUCAUCAUCGUUCUCGAUACAGGAUCAGGCAAGACGCUCAUCGCCGCUCUUUUGCUCAGGCACACGCUGGAUCAAGAGCUCGAGAGACGCGCCGUUGGCGAGUCCCGCAAAGUGGCCUUUUUCCUCGUGGAAAAGGUCGCCCUGUGCUUCCAGCAGUACAGCGUGCUCAAGGCCAACUUGGAGCAUCCCGUCGCCAAGUUCCACGGCGAAAUGGCGGGCGUCAUGAGAACAAAGGAAUUUUGGGACGAGCAGCUAGCCAGCAACAUGGUCUUUGUCUGCACUGCACAGAUCCUGCUCGACUGUCUCAACAACGGCUUUCUGCGCAUCAACCAGGUCAACCUGCUCAUCUUUGACGAGGCCCACCAUACCAAGAAGAACCACCCAUACGCGAGAAUCAUCAAGGAUCACUACCUCCGUGAGCCGGCCGUGAACCGUCCUCGCAUUCUUGGAAUGACGGCUUCUCCCGUCGAUGCGCAGACUCGCGACCUGCGCGCCUCGGCAGUUGAGCUGGAGACGAUCCUCUGUAGCGAAAUUGCCACCGUGUCCGACGAGGUUCUUAUCGAAAGUCAAGCUCGUCGUCGCCAGAUUGAGAUCAAGGAAUAUUACGACAGGCUGCUCGGGCCCAAAGACGCGCGGACGCCCCUUUGGAAGCAAAUCGAGAGUCUACUCUUUGACGACGCCCUGUAUCGCGUCCACUUUGAAGCCACCCAGGAAGCAGCAUCGACCCUCGGCCCAUGGUGUGCUGACAGGUACUGGGAGCUCCUCAUAACCGACGAAGAGGUCAUCAAGCGCACGGCAAAGGCAGAGACAGUAAGCAGCGGCAUGUUCGCGCCCGACGGAUCCAGCGAAGCGGAUCGCGUGCUCGCUGCCAUGCGCCAAGCCCAGAGCUUUAUCCGAAACUACGAUCCACUCAAGACGCCGACUCGGGACAGUUUGGCCUGCUUCUCCUCCAAGUUCAGGACACUCCGGCAAAUCCUCGACGAGGCCUUUUCGAACCAGAACGCGCAGCGCUGCAUUGUGUUUGUGCAGAAACGAUAUACGGCCCUCCUCCUUGCAGAUGCUUUUCAACAUGUUGACCAGCGUAUUUCAGAAAUACGGCCGUCCUAUCUCGUCGGUUCCCAGGCCCUUUCAUCGAGCAUAGCAAACAUGUCUUUCCGCGACCAAGUCCUGACUCUAGUAAGGUUCAAAAGGGGCGAGAUCAACUGUCUGUUCGCCACGCAGGUCGCUGAGGAAGGGAUUGAUAUCCCCGAGUGUGACUUUAUCAUUCGCUUUGACCUCUACGACUCCGCCAUCCAGUAUAUCCAGUCCAAGGGUCGUGCCCGUCAAGCGCAGUCAACAUACAUAAGCAUGCUAGAGCAGGGCAACAUGCAUCACUUACGACGGCUUAAGCAAGCGACAAGAGACGCCAACGCCCUCCGGCGGUUCUGCUCCGCCCUGCCGGCCGAUAGAAAGAUUCAGGAUGAUAUUGACUUGUCCUUGGCGACUGACAACGAGCGCGUCGCUCAGAGAGUCUACGAGAUAGAGGAGACGGGAGCACGCCUCACCUUUGUCUCGAGCCUUGAGGUGCUCGCCAAGUUUGUGUCCUCACUCUCCAGCGACGCAGUGGUAGAAUACGUCGUGACGUUUGCCUACACCCGCAAAAGGUUCCUCGCAACAGUCAUUCUGCCAGAUUCAAGCCCGAUCAAGUCGAUCAACGGACACCCUCAGCGCAACAAGCAGCUCGCCAGGUGCUCGGCGGCGUUUGAAGCUUGCGUCGAGCUCAUCAAGAAGAAGUACAUCAACAACCAUCUACAGCCGACUCUCAGCAAGCGGCUGCCCGCAAUGCGGAAUGCCCGCUUAGCGCUUAGCUCCAACAAGAAAGAAAGCUACCCGAUGCGUGUCAAGUCAGACAUGUGGUCUCAGCUCGGUCCACAGGCCCCGACAGAGCUGUUUGAGGCUGUCCUUAUUCUGGACAGCCCGGUCGCGGUCGGGAGGCCCAUAAGUCCCAUGGUUCUUCUGACCCGACGCCCACUGCCGGCCUUCAAGCCCACAAUGCUCUACUUUGACAAGGGGAACACUUCGGCCAUGCGGCUGCUGCCGUCGCAGUUGUCCCUAAAGGUAUCUCCUGGUCAAGUGGACGCCCUGACAGACUUCACCUUGACUGUAUUCGCAGACAUAUUCAGCAAAGAGUACGAUGCGGAACCAGAGGAUAUUCCGUACUUUCUGGCGCCGGCUGUUGCUCUUGACGCAGGCGAAAGCAUAUUGGCUAACGGCGCUGCCCGUGUUGACUGGGAACUUCUCAAGGUGUUGGCGCAGUCGGAGCCACCAAGCUGGCGCGGUGCGCCAGAGAACUUCUUUGACAACAAGCUGGUUAUGGACCCUUGGGAUGGGUCUCGGAAGUUCAUCAUCCACGGCAUUAACAAGAAUAUCAAGCCGCAUGACCCUGUUCCCCCAGGCGCUCCUCUGCCGAAGAGCAGGUCAUACCGGCUGAGCGACCAGACCAUUGCCGAGUACAGCAACAGUCUUACAAUCAAGUCCAGAAAGAGACAGCAGUGGUCAGAUGACCAGCCUGUUGUCAAUGCUGAGCUCUUGCCGUUGCGACGAAAUUUCCUCGACGAGUACAAUGUUGACCAGACGCAAGAUAUGCGCUGUUGGCUCAUUCUCGAGCCCCUACGAAUCUCCAAGCUGCCCAUCAACGUAGUGUCUAUGGCCUUGAUAGUUCCGGUCAUGAUGUACCGCCUCGACUCAGAGCUGAUUGCGCUCGAGGCAUGUAGCCUGCUCGACCUAGAUAUCCGGCCAGACAUGGCGCUGGAGGCGCUCACAAAGGACAGCUCAAAUAGCGAGGCGCACGGUCAAGAACAAGUCGACUUUCAAGUCGGCAUGGGGUCCAACUAUGAGCGACUGGAAUUCCUCGGAGACGCCUUUCUCAAGAUGGCCACAACCAUCUCCCUCUUUACCUUGAAUCCUAACUCGGAUGAGUUUGAGUGCCACGUUGAGCGCAUGAUUCUUAUCUGCAACAAGAACCUCUUCAACCAUGCAGUCGACCGCAAAAUCCAAGAGUACGUGCGGUCCAAGUCGUUCGAUCGACGCACCUGGUAUCCCAACCUUCGUCUCAAAAAGGGCAAGAUGCCCAAGACGGAGGUCUGGCAUAGCCUCUCGGACAAGUCGGUUGCAGACGUUUGCGAGGCGUUGAUUGGGGCGGCCUACAUGAGUGGCGCCGAGGAAGGCGACAUGGACCUGGCCGUCAAGGCCGUGACCAAGAUGAUGCCGGCCUGGCAGUCGGCGCCUGCAUCUGCGGCACCACGAGCGGCCGUCGUCGCCAUCGAAAAAGCAACAGGCUACCGCUUCCAGUGGCCCAACCUGCUUCGGAGCGCGUUCAAGCACCCGUCGUACCCGUACGAGGCAAUUCCUAGCUACCAGCGGCUCGAGUUCUUGGGCGAUGCUCUGCUGGACCUUGUCAUUGUCGACUACCUCUUCCAGCGCUUCCCCGACGCGGAUCCCCAGUGGAUGACAGAACACAAAAUGGCCAUGACGUCGAAUCACUUUUUUGGCUGCCUAUGCGUGCAGAUCGGUCUCCAGAGGCACCUUUUGAUGACGACGUCGUCUUUAGUCGGCCAGCUUAGCGAAUUCGUCGAGGAGCUGGAACGGGCAAAGGAGGCUGCCGUGCUUGAAGCCCAGGCCAGCGGGGCCGAGGCACGUCGGGACUUUUGGCUUACGACGUCGCACCCGCCAAAGGCGCUGUCUGAUAUGCUCGAGGCGUUGGUCGGCGCCAUGUUUGUGGAUUCCGGGUACGACUACGGCGUCGUGCGGCGCUUCUUUGCAACCCUUAUCGAGCCGUACUUUGAGGACAUGGCGCUGUACGAUACGUACACGAGCAAGCAUCCCGUCACGGCGCUGACGCACCUGCUCCAGGAACAGCUCGGGUGCCACAGCUGGCGGCUGUACGUGUCGGCGGUGCCGUGCACGGUGGACCAGGGGGCGGCGGCGAUGAUGGACGACGACGUGGUUUGUGCGCUCAUGGUGCACGAGCAGGUCGUCGAGCACGCGGCGGGCAAGACGGGGCGGGACGCGAAGCUGCUCGUGGCCAAGACGGUGGUGCGCAGGCUCGAGGGGGUGGACAGAGCUGGCUACAGGGAGAUGAUGGGAUGCAACUGCUGCGGCUCGGCCGGCGAGCCGGAGGGGGAGUCGGGGUGA